CGAAUUCAUCGAGACCUUAACUGCCUCGUCCGAUCCACUGGCGUAGCGGCCAAGUGCCCAAAGCCACCACAGAAGCCUGACCUCACACUGUGCAACAACGGCACACAGGUGUGCCUAGGGGGCAACUGCCAGGGAUCCAUCUGCCUCCAGUUCGGUUUUGUAGGCUGCCAAGGUACCGGAAAGGACUACACACCGCAACAAAUGUGCCUCAUUCACUGCAGGGCCAAUGCCACAGGGAGCCCCUGCCUGGACCCGUGCAAGGAACAGAGCCUGCUGGCACUGUGCAAAAGGACCAUGGAGCGCGGUGCUGCCUGCUACGACAACCUGGGCUACUGCGACGAGUACACACGCUGCCGCAUUAUCGACGAACAAGGACCCCUGACCAGGCUGCACGACCUGCUCCUGGGAACAGACACCAUAUUACGCUGGCUCAAGGAAAACAAGACCAUUUCGAUACUGGUGGGGCUGGUUACUGCCGCGGGAGUGACGCUGUUCAUCCGUUGCUGCGCCGUCUUCACGCCUAGCAGCAAUCCGAAACUACCUCGUGCCAGGCGUAUAAGAGGCUUCAGACGGCACUAG